CUUCAUUGGGCAACAACACAGACACGAUACUUAAUCCCAAAAUGAAAUUUUGAACCCUAACCCCUUCUUCUUCAUAGCCAUUAUCACAGUCUGACAGCCAUGAUGAAUAAAGCUCCUCAAUGAACAUGAACUCCUUCUUCUUCAUAGCCACAUCUCUUCUCACCUAAUCCCCAAGAUCAAAGAUCCUCUCAUCUCGCCGAUUCCACUCUCAUCUCGCCGAUUCCAUUGCCGAUUCCCAAUUGAGCUCUCGACCCUCAAAGAAACGAAGAAACAGAGAACCCAAACAGAGAGUGGACGCCCAAUAUUUUACUAUGAAUGUGCAUCAUGGUGGUUAUUUCACUCUUAAUCCUCAUCAGUACAUGGGAGGUGUAGUGGGAAUAGUGGACAAUUGUAAUGCUAAGAUGUGUUCGAAAUGUGAGAUUGAGUCUAUAUGUAAGCAGUUUGGGUAUACUUCUCUUAGCAAGUUGUGGUAUAGGAUGCCUGGUGUGAACCUUGAGAAUGCAUCGUUCCACAUGAUUGUGAAUAAUAAUGAUGCAAUGUUCAUGGCAGACUUGGUUGCAGGUUAUGGAGAGAUUGAUUUAUUUGUAGAGCAUCCAAUUGAUGAGCCUAUCGAGGUAGAAGUUGAAGAGAUCCAUUCUAGGAGUUUAGAGCUAGGUAAAGAACCUGUUAUUGUCACUAAUAGUGGUGAAAGUGACAGGGAAGAGGAAGAUGCAGCAUUAAUGCACCUCAAUCAAAAUUCUGAUGGUGGUGACAGUUGGGAUAGUGAUGAUGAUGUGGUUGAACAAGUGGAGCAAAUGGGUGUUGAGGUAAUGAACUCCGAUUAUGAGACUGAAGAGUUAUUAAGUCUUGAUGAAUCAUCUUCAUCAAAUGAUGAUGAUGAUGAUUGUGUUGAUAAUUCUAUUAGGUUGAGCAAUUAUCCCGUUUUUAAGCCAAUAUUGAAAGCUGAAAAUAUUAGGUUUGAGAAGGAUAUGCUUUUUAUCUCACCUAAGCAAUUCAAGGAUGCUAUCACUGAGUAUGCAGUUCAUGGAGGAUGGGGGAUCAGGUUUAAAAAAAAUGAUAAGAAAAGGGUUAGAGCUAUUUGCCAAGAAGGGUGCAAGUUUGUAGCUUACCUGGCAAAGAUUUCAAGGGAGAUGAGCUACCAACUCAAAACACUAAACUUGGAACAUACUUGUAGUAGGAGUUAUAAAAAUCCUAGGUGUACUUCUAAAUUCCUUGCCAAGAAGCUGGUGAAAAAAGUGAGGCGUCAUCCUGAGCUUAAGGUUGCAAAAAUUCAAGAUGCUGUGCAUGAAAAAUAUGUGGUCUAGAUAAGUGCCAGCAAAGCAAGUAGGGCUAGGGGUCAAGCUCAUGAAUUUGUUGAUGGGUCUUAAACAGAACAAUAUAACAAGCUAUGGGACUAUUGUGCAGAGUUAAGGAGGUCUAGUCCUGGUAGUAUAAUACUUAUGAAGGUACAAACCUUCAAUGAAGGUGAUUUAGCAGCUGAGAUGGAUUUGCUGCCUAGGAUGCCUUAUUUCCAAAGGUUGUAUAUGUGUCUAGAAGCUUGUAAGAGGGGAUUCUUGGCUGCAUGCAGGCCAAUUAUUGGUUUGGAUGCUUGCCAUUUGAAGACCAAGUUAGGUGGACACUUGAUUGCUGCAGUUGCUAGAGAUCCCAAUGAAAAACAUUUCCCUCUAGCAAUUGCAGUUGUAGAAGCUGAAACCAAGGAUUCAUGGACUUGGUUUCUAAAUUUGUUGCUUGCAGACAUAGGUGAAGCCAGGAGGUGGACAUUCAUAUCAGUCCAGCAAAAGGGAUUGGUGCAAACAUUUGCUGACAAUUGGCCACAAUAUGAACAUAGGAUUUGUUGUAGACAUUUGUACAAUAACUUGAGGAAGAAUCACCCUGGUGUUCUUAUUAGGGAGUUUUUCUGGAAAGCUGCAAAAGCAACAUAUCUCCAAGAAUAUGAGAGGGUCAUGAAUGAACUAAAAGAAAUUGAUGAAGGGGCAUACAACUGGUUGCAAGACCAUUCAACAACAAUCUGGUCUAGACAUAUGUUUCGUGGGGAUGCAAUGAGUGAUACGAUACUGAACAAUAUGUGUGAGAGUUUCAAUAGCAGGAUCUUGAAAUUUAGAAGGAAGCGCAUAAUUAGCAUGCUUGAGGACAUUAGAUUGUAUUUAAUGGGACGAUUUCAACUAAACAAGGAAACAAUCUUGAAAUUUGAGUCGGAGUUGUGUACUAAGGUUAAGAAGAGAUUGUACAAGGAGAAGCUUGGAAGUGGCAAGUGGCUAGCUUGUUGGGCUGGUCAUACCAAGUUUGAGGUCAAAAAUGGGGUUAAUAGCUUCAUUGUGGACUUGGCUGAAUACAAGUGCAGUUGUAGGAAAUGGGAGAUCACUGGUAUACCUUGCUGCCAUGCCAUUUCAUGUAUUUUUUUCAAUAGAGAAGAUGCUGAAAAAUAUGUAAAUGACUACUACAAAGUCAAUGCCUAUAAGGCAUGCUAUGAGCCAAUGAUAGAGCCAAUCAAUGGGCAGAACAUGUGGCAAUCAAAUGGACUUCCUUUUGUGCAACCUCCCAUUAAACGUAGACCACCUGGCAGGCCUAAAAAAAGUAGAGUAAAGGAACCUGAUGAACCAACCCGCCAUACCAAGCUUAGAAGAGUAGGAGUCCCUAAGAAGUGUAAGGCAUGUGGGAGGUUAGGCCAUAACAAAAGAAGUUGCAAAGGGGAGGUUGGAGGAAAUUCUUCACUUCCAGGAGCUACCAAAAGGCCAAAAAGGAAAAGAACCAACACCAAGAACGGGCAUGAGGGUGGUCCAAGUGGUGGAUCUCCCACUAUUGAACCAAAUCAGACAAGUGCACCACCUACCACCAGUGAAGCAGAAUUCCCUUGUGCACCAGCCAAUUCCAGACAAGUGCUACCACUUCCACUCCAACUAGAAACAGUUGUAGGGGUUCAACAAAGUCAAAAAAAAAAACAAUCACUGAUGAGACUCUAAGAGCCACUACAAAUGCAUCAAGGUAUAUGGAUGCAUUGAGGUUUAGAGAGAGCCAAUCCUUUAUGCAUGGCCCAGGAUUGUAAGCAGGAUGUACUAGAGAUAUUUUGUAGAGGAGAGCAGCUUAAUAUUAGAGGGUAGCUUAAUAUUUUGUUACUAGCUGGAACUUAUAUUAAGAUGAUUUUAAUUGAUGUUAAUGGCCUCCUUGAUUUUUGUAAGGCCUUCUUCACAUUUGUUUUAUAAUUGUGUUGACCAUUGGAAUGUCCUUAACUGUUUACAAGCUAGACAGUGGCU